GAUUCACUCAGAUACAUUUUCUGUUGAGAUCUGAGAGCAAUUUCUUAACGAGGAUCUAGGGCUGAAUCUAGACAUACCCAAAAAGUUUCAGGAAAAUGUGUUGUAAACAUCAUAAUGGGAAAUCUACAGUGUCAUCUGGUGUCACAGUGUUAUAACACAUUUUAAAUGCUUUUAAAAAACAACAACCCACUGUAGCUGAGUCACCUUCAGAGUCUGUAAUCAUCUCCCACAAAACAAAACACCUUAGCUGCCAAAGGUGAAGAUACAGAAAUGUGUCUUCACCAGGCAAAGAGAGUGGGAGAAUGAAGACAGCAGAGGCACCUCUGGAGGGAGGUCAUUGCCUCUCAGCUUUACCUACAUCCCAAGGGGAUGAAAAGUGAGAAAAAUCUUGUGUGUCAACUCUAUGUCCUUGGAGGAAAGGAGGGGUGCAACAGUGGAAAUUAAAUAUACAGUGGUACCUCCGGUUGGCACAGGAUCCGUUCUGGAGCUCCAGUUGGAUCCCGAGGAAUUUGCAACCGGAGGUGCCUGUUCUGCACAUGCGCACAGUGCAGGGAGGGCUUCUGCACAUUCAUGUGUGGCGAAACCUGGAAAAAUACUUCCGGGUUUGCCGCGUGCGUAACUCGAAGGAUACACAACCAGAGGAAUGCAUAUCCAGAGAUACCAUUCUAUACACAAAUAAAACUAAAUCUUUCACAUUGUUAUUUCCUAACCUCCAGAAUAUCAGUACCCCCCCGAAGUAUUAGAAGCUACGUGGUUAUGGAUGCAAGGAAUACUAAAGCCACUCUUUUUCUCAUUCUCAGAUGCAACGCACUGCACCAAAUGUCCAGAAGAUCAGCAUCCAAACAAGGACCAAUUUCAAUGUAUUCCCAAGAUUAUCAACUUCCUAGACUACAAAGAGUAUUGGGGGAUCCUCUUGGCUUCCCUUGCUCUCUUCUUAUCCUUAACCACAGGCUUUGUGCUGGCAACCUUUAUUAAAUACAAUGAAACUCCAAUAGUCAAAGCCAACAAUCGGGACCUCACCUACAUCCUCCUCAUCUCCCUCCUUCUCUCAUUUUUGUCCUCCUUCCUCUUCAUUGGACGGCCAAGGAAAGUGACUUGUCUUCUCCGCCAGACAACCUUCAGCCUCAUCUUCUCAGUUGCUGUCUCUUCUGUCUUGGCAAAAACCAUCACUGUGGUGUUGGCCUUCUUGGCCACUAAACCAGGGAACGGGGUGAGGAGAUGGCUGGGGAAGAGUUUGGCCCACUCCAUUGUCAUUUCCUGCUCCAGUGUCCAACUUGUCAUCUGUUCCAUCUGGCUAGGGAUCUUUCCUCCAUUCCCAAACUCUGACAUGAGCUCCAUCCCUGGAGAGAUCAUCUUGCAGUGCAAUGAAGGGUCUGUUGCUAUGUUUUAUGCUGCCCUCGGCUACAUGGGCUUCCUGGCUGCCAUCUGCUUCACGGUGGCUUUCCUAGCCAGGAAGCUUCCUGGGGCCUUCAAUGAAGCCAAGCUGAUCACCUUCAGCAUGCUGGUCUUCUGCAGUGUUUGGGUGUCCUUUGUUCCCACCUACCUGAGCACCAAGGGGAAAUACAUGGUAGCUGUGCAGGUCUUCUCUAUCUUGGCCUCCAGUGCUGGGCUUCUGGGCUGCAUCUUCAUGCCCAAGUGCUACAUUAUUUUACUGAGGCCUGAUCUGAACACGAAGGAGCAUCUGACAGCAAAAGACUAAAGACAACAUUGGAUCUGUAAUAGGACGGAACUCUAAUAAAUAGUUCAAAGCAGUCCGCUGCAGAAUUGAACUCUCUUGUUCAGCUGUUGGAAGGCAACAGUGUAUCUCCUUCCCCUGUCACCUUCUCAACCAUAUGUUUAAUUAGUCUUAAUUUGGGGCUAGAUCCAGGGGGGUAUGCCCCAAAUUGGCCUGGAUUGGGUGGGGGAGGAGCUGUGCGCUACCUCUUAGUAGUAAGUGAAAUACUAACUAAAAUACUUACUAAUAAGUACUUCCUACAGCAGAAUCUGGACCAGAACCAUGGCUUCCUGUUGGGACAAAAACCAUUUCUGGGUAGGAUCCAUUCUACAAAUCAGUUAUGGUGCAGAAAUACGGGUAUUUCUAAAAUGAAAGAAAUAAAGAAGAAAGAAUGUGGAAAUACCCCGGAAUAAAUAUAGUUGUGCUAAUUUUUUAUUAGGGAUCAGAUCUCCCUCCACCACUGAAAAACGGCCUGUUUUGCCUUCAGAGUGGCAAUAUUAAGGAGAAAAGUUUGUGGUGUUUAUAAGUUAGAUUAUUCAGAGGAGCAAACCCUUCCCUGACAGAAUUCCUGGUUUCAAUAUUUAUUUUAACUGUGUAAUGCAUUUUAUUCUGUUUUCAUUUUUUGUCUCUUGUAAUGGCUUCAGCUACACAAAUAAAUAAUAUUCAUAUUCAUAUUUGGAUGGGAUCCAAGGCCUGUGGCUUUCUAUUUCACUUCUUUUUAUACAGCACAAUAAUUACUUGUGUGUGUGUGUGUGUUUUCUUGUGUGUGUGUGUGUUUCUUUGUGGCUGAUUAGCUGUUCUCCCUGUGCAAAGGUCAGAGGGGGCAGGGUUUCUGUUGAGGCAGGUGAUUAGCUGUGGGAGGAGCUUAUCAGAGCUUGCAGGGCAGCAGUUGAAGAAGGAGCAAAAAGGGUUUUCUUGUGUGUGUGUGUUUCUUUGUGGCUGAUUAGCUGUUCUCCCUGUGCAAAGGUCAGAGGGGGCAGGGUUUCUGUUGAGGCAGGUGAUUAGCUGUGGGAGGAGCUUAUCAGAGCUUGCAGGGCAGCGGCGCGCGCCUAGUGGCGCGCGCAGUUUGAGCCAUCUUUUAGAUUUAGGGGAGCUAGUCUCAAACGUUUGUUGGGGGAGACCUAGGUUUUUUUGGGGGGGAAGUUAUUUGUCCUGUCUUCACGCUUUUUAUGAUGGAGGACCGCUGUAGCCACCCCCAACGACACGUUCUCAAGAUGGAGGGGGAGGGAACAGCUGCAGUCGCCUGCGGUUCCUGCGCAAUGUUUGCCAUCUU